AUGACCAAGUCUGAGCUUAACCCACCUCAUUUCCCAACAGCAUUCUACCAAAGGAGAGGGCCUGACAAACACCGAGCAGCUGUAUGGUGUCCUAUACAGCGCGAGUGGUUCCAAGAUGGACGCGAGCUCCGCAACAUCAAGGCCUCCAAGUCAUUUGUGUGGCCAAAAGAUGGACGGAAUGGUACAGCUUGGGGCCGCUUCAAGGACAUCCUUCAGAACAAAGGCCCGGAUGUGUUCCUUACGAUCAAUGCCAACACACACGAAUAUAUGCAGAACCGACCAUCAAGUGAUCGAUGGGCUUCGAUUCCAGGCCUUGACUACACAUCCUAUCCGACGCCUCUGAGUUCGAGGAAACAUGCCUCUUGGACUCAGAAAGGCGGUCUCGGCGGACGUAUGCCAGGAAUGCAAUACGACUUCCGCACACGCAAAUACGGGGUGCCAAACUGCGCAUCAUGGACAGGUGCUGUUUGGCAACCGGAGCCUCGGAAGAACAAACACAAUCUGUAUCCAGAGGCCUAUCGCGAUGUCUAUGGGGACUGGUUUCAGGAUUUCCAUUACCGGCCACAGAAUCGUGGCGGCCCAGUACACAACGAGCAAGGCAAGGGAGCUCCACGGUGCCACCUGCGACGGUGGCUGCCAUAG